CUGUGGGUAUUCCAAAGGCUCAACUCUCGCGUUAGCGUCAGUCAAGUUUGUGUGGCUUACGACAACAACCUUCGGAAGGAAUAGUACUCUGUGCUUAACGGCUUCGUCUGAAAGGCUAAUAAACAGCAAAUCCGUUGUAAAUAGUCGUACAUUUAUCUACUUUAACCGUUAUAACUAAACCUGUUUUAAUGGCCAGUCGAUCGCUUUGAAUGGAUUACAAUUUUUUCGACGGAAACAGUCCCGCAUUGCCGCUGACAGCGCUGUAUGCGCGUCCGAAUAGGAAAUUUGACUCCGAGCUUCGGGAGGAGUUAUUGCAAAACCAAGCUCCAUCUUUCAGGCAGUCAUCCGAUCUGUCAGCCGAGUCGAAUGGUCGCCCUGUAGCAGUGGAAAAUUUUUGGAACACGGAAAUUUCCAAGAAGGAAGGCACAGACCAUGGCAGUUUUCAGUUCACAAGUGCUGCUUGCCGUGGCGAGAUCAAGGGGAUCCUACUUGCUCUCCAAGGGCCAUAGCUGUGCCUCCAUCCCGCCGACGGCCUGCGUGCGCUACCACCUGGAGCGCUCCCGGCGCGCGGCGCUGACCGCGCGGCCGCCGCGGUGGACGCACCCCCACUGCGCUCAGAUCCGCGUCCGGCCCGGCUGCGUCCCGGCCCGCGCCCUCCACAGCUCCUGCCCCUGGCUCCAGGAGGCCCAGGAGGCCAAGGAGGCCAAGGAGAAGGCCGCGGAGGAUGACUCCCCGAAUAGGGACCCGGUCUCGGCCGGGUCCGCCCCUUCGCCGGCCGCGGACUCUGCCUCGGCCCCGGCCCCGGUCCCGGCCCCGCCCCUUGCCGCCGCGGCCGCUGCCCCCAAGGCGCCGGAGAAGGCGGUGCUCAGGAAGACCCUCAGGCAGAAGGUGCUGGAGGAGCUGAAGCACUACUACGACGGCUUCCGCCUGCUGGGGAUCGACACCAGCAUCGCCGGCAGGACGGUGUGGAGGCUCCUGCACGGGCAGCAGCUCACCAGGAGGGAGCGGAGGAGGCUGAUGCGGACGUGCGCAGACCUGUUCCGGCUGGUCCCCUUCACGGUCUUCAUUAUCGUGCCCUUCAUGGAGUUCCUCCUGCCCGUCUUCCUCAAGCUGUUCCCCGAGAUGCUGCCCUCCACCUUCGAGACGGAGUCCAAAAAGGAGGAAAAGCAGAAGAAGGGGCUGGCCGCCAAGCUGGAGCUGGCCAAGUUCCUGCAGGAGACCAUCGCCGAGAUGGCCCGGAGGAACAAGGCCCAGACUGGGGAGACGCAGAAGUUCUCCACCUACGUGCAGAAGGUGCGCCACACAGGGGAGCAGCCCACCACCAAGGACAUUGUGCAGUUCUCCAAGCUGUUUGAGGACGAGCUGACGCUGGAGCACCUGGAGCGCCCCCAGCUGGUGGCUCUGUGCAAGCUGCUGGAGCUGCAGCCGAUCGGCACCAACAACCUUCUGAGGUUCCAGCUGCUGCUGCAGCUUCGCACCAUCAAGGCUGAUGAUGAGAUGAUAGCCACGGAGGGCGUGGCUGCCAUGAGCGUGUCGGAGCUGCAGGCGGCCUGCAGGAGCCGGGGCAUGAGGUCACUGGGCCUGACCACAGAGCAGCUCCACCAGCAGCUGCAGCAGUGGCUGGACCUGCAUUUGAAAGAGAACGUGCCCCCCUCUCUGCUGCUGCUGUCCCGAGCCAUGUACCUGACUGACCUCACUCCCAAACCCCCCGUCAUACCCCCAGUGCCAAAGUUGGAGAAAGCGCCCUCCCCGCCGGCCGCAAGCGAGCCCCCCGUGCAGGAGAAGCCCAUGCUGGCGUCCCAGGACCUGCUGAAGGACCCCGCCCCCAUCAUCAAAGAGCGGAAGGGUGAAGAACUCCUGGAUAAGGCCUUCAUUUCAGAGAUGCCAUCGACCGAAGCACAGAUCAUUCAUGCGAAAAACGCGCAGAUGGUCCACGCGCCCAAGAAGAUGUCUGCCAACGGCAUGUGAGGGACCGCCCCGGGGCAGGACCGCCCCGUCCCGUCCCGUCCCGUCGCACCGAGAGGAGACGAGGGCGGGGGCACACCCUUCAUUAACCGAACCUGUUCAAGCUGCUAGAGGGAGAGAGAGAGGGAGAGUGAGAGAGACGCCCUUGGACGAGUUCUCCGGGUUCUCACCAAUGGGCUGACUAACCUUGACCCCGCCCCCAUCCCCCGCCCCUUCCCUGGAGGAGGGCGUUUCCCAGGAAACCAGAGGCUGGGAGGGCGGGGAGAAAGCCGCUCCGGUCUCCAAAUUGUCCACGACUGAUUCGGUCCUGCCAGACUCAGUGAGUGAAGCGGACGAGGUGCAUUUCCAUUUCCCACCUCCAGCUCAACUUCACAAAAAAAAAUAAAAAAUACAUUUAAUUUUUUUGAUUGGUUAUAAUUGGCUGCUACUGCUACUUUAUCAGUCAAAAUGAACAGUGGCAACAACCGAAUUAGGUGUUUUGGGGUCACUUCGUUCUUCUCGGAGAAAGAACGGCGACUUCCUUUUAAAACUGCCGUUGUUUGUAGCGCAACAGCAGCGCAGAGCGUCGUCCGCUUCACUCCUGGCUGCAGAACUGCACUUUGUAUAUUUUGUAAAUACACUGUACAUUGUUCCCGUCGUCCCGCGUGCCUCUGACCCCACGGCCUGCUGGGUACGGACCCGGCCGCGCAUCCCUGCUUACCGCGACCGCGUCCCUGCGAGCUCCAGAGCGGCGCGUCCAAACGCAAGACUGAGAGCAGCGGCGGCGGCGCGGCGCGAGGCUUCGACGGCGGCCAUUUUGCUCGUUUUGUUUUAUUUUUUUUAAAGAGUGCGGAUGAAUUCUCCUUUCACGGGGGAAUUUGAAGUUCAGUUCUCCAUCUGGAGAUUUCACAGUGACAUGAAGCAGCAUAGCCGCCCCCCCCCCCACCCCGGCCCCCCCACCCCAUGUUGUAGCUUUAGGCAGAUGCUGUCUGCAUCAGGCAUGUAUAUAAUUUGUUGUGUGCUCUUGCACACCUCCUUUAGGUAUACAUUUAAAGUAAUGAUUAUUUUUCGUUGAAAGUGACGCGUAGGUCUGUCAUAACUAAUAUGUUAAGGUUCUCAGAUGUAAAAAAUACUUAUAAUUUGAAGUUUACGCAUUGUCUGCCAUUUUGAUGCACUACAAAUUGACUUAAUUUAUCAAAAUAGACGGGUUCUGUCCAUGGCCUUUACAAAUUAAAGAAAAAAAAUGUAUUUAUUAGGAAAUUAACUUCAGACUUGAAUAUAUAUGUCGGGAGAAAUGGCAAUGCUGUACCGAAAUCUAGAAUCAAGUUUAAAAAUAUCAAGAUCGAGAAUGACUUGCAAACGUUCUUCACUAACCAGUUGUGCCACGGAGGGUAAAUUAGACCUGCCAUAUAUAUAUAAGUAUGUAUGUACUGUACAUGUCUCCUUGUGAAUUAUUGUUGCCUUAUUACUGGGAAAGCCACUGAAUAACAGGAGUCGUGCAGAGAUUUGUCCGUUAGUUUACAGUUUCCUGAGGAAUACGGUGUCCUCUUCAGGCCCGGUUCGUUGGGUUAGCUUCACUUGUCGUCGUUGCCGAGGCAGCCAUUUUGGAACUCCUCCUCCUCACGUCUGCUGAACGGCGGCAGCAGCCAGCAAAGUGAAGGCCUUCAGGUGACCCGAUCCUCUCCUCCGCUUCCUCUUUCGUCCCCGCUCGAGGGAGCGUGUGCGUUGGGAGAACGGGGUCACUCACGCGACCGACCUUUUCGAGAAGUCCUGAUGAUCCGGUGAACACUGUGUGCUGCACACGGUCUUUCUGCAGCGCAACAGAGUUAUUUUAUAAUAAGCUUUUUUUUUUAAUCCGAAAGAAGAGAAAAACAGUAUGUGCAAAAAUGUGCUAAACGAGGCACGCUCCUUUCCGAUCGGACCGCAGCGGUUUGAUUGGUCCUCACUCAAAUGCUUUAUUUUUGUACUUGAUUUUAAAGGUUUAUGCAAGUCCAACAGACUGCCUCUGUAAAACUGUAAGGUGCUUUCUCAGUUUCAACUUUUACCUCUGAUACUCCGGAAUGUUUCCUUUCCCCCCCCCAGUUCCUCAGCACUGCUGAAAUGGGGGGGGUCUAGUGUCCCCGUUAAAAUGUGUAUUAAAAAAAGGUUUGUGUGCGAUUUGAUUCAGCACCCUGGACCUUCAUUUGAAGGAACAGGCUGGCAGAUUUAUUUUCUGAUGUUUCCAUCUUUUUUUUUUUUCCAUUGUGGACCUGAGGUUGUGACUUUUUUUUUUUUUAGUGGACAUAUUUUAACGAUACAUUAUUUGUGGGUUUAUGAAAUCAAAUGCCAGCAAAUACAUCCGGAAAAACAAAGUACUGUUUGUUUUUUUGUUUUGUUUUAAAUUCAACUCCAUUUUGUUUUUGCUUUGAUCAUUGUGUGUGUUCUGUUGUUGGGUAACAGCCUAGACCUUUAGAAAAUGUUUGAACUGCCUUUUGAUCGCAGCUAUUCUAACUGUGGGACACACGGGAGUUUUUUUUGGGUGAUUUUGGCCUUGGGAUAACAUCUGUUAGCGCGUCUAAGCCUCAGGCCCGAAGCCCGUGGUUCUCCAGCAGCCCGCGGACCAUGUCUCCCCCCCCCCCAGCUGAGGCUUAGCCGUUCGGCACGGCGCGCACCACGCGUGCCCCAAAUACCAUCAGCUGGUGUAAGCUUUCAGGCUGCUGUUACGGUGCUAAGGCCCCCACUGUGUGGGAGCAGAGAUACACACCGUACCUUCUCACUCGCGGCUGUGCUGAACGCCAUCACAAGGCUGGUCCCUGGCAUGACACGACACGACACAUACGUGCAUUUUAUUUUUUUAACAUAACGUGUCAACAUUCUGUAAGUUGGUGAUUCCGAGAUGUUAACAGUGCUGCAGGAGAGCUCAUUUAAGCCCUGAUCUUGGGUGAUUUUCUCCGCGAACACACACUGUGGUUUAAAAUGCAGAGUAUGCACCAGCAUUACAUGCUAGCGAACCCGACUCACGGUUUCUACUGCUCUGAAUGGGCCCAUGCAUACUGGGGGAAGUUGUUUUUGGGAGGGGGGAGAAAAUUCCAUGGCAUUAAAACAACAAAUUCAUCAAA